ACUUCUCAUAAUUUUGAAGAUUUUUGAGUUAGCAGAAAGCUAAAUGCCUUGAAACUGAAUUCAAAGUUUUGAAUUUUUGGCUAUGAAUAUAUAAAAACGUAUUUAAAAUUUAACUUAAAAAAAUGUAUGCCUGAGACUAUAUCGAUUGUUUUGCCCAUAAUUAAUAUUGCACAAAUACAAACAAAAAAUAUAACCAACCCCGUCUAACAGCCCAGUGCAGUAACAUUAAAAAUAAAAGCAAAAAUGCCAACGGCAAUGUUGUCAGAUUUACUAUUUUUACGUUAUAUGUAAUACUUUUUUAUUUCAAAUGGAAUGCCCUAUUUAUUUUUGUUCAUGUCGAAAAUAGCAAGGUCUCAAAAUUUUAUUUUAUUUAUAAUUUUAUUUGAAUAAUGGAAAGCUAAAUAUCUUCAAAACUACCAAAGGUGGAGCGACAAAUUCAAAACCUGGAGAUCAACCACUGUAAACAAGAGAAUGUUAAUCCUGCAAGUUCAGAAACCCCGGGUACCCCCCGUAUACUAAUUCCCGUUUUUACUACCGCUACCAAACGUACGUUUGUUAAUAAGCGCGAAUUAAAAAAACAAGGAACUACGUUUUUAUUUAGCCGUGUCGGCGGAACCGUCGAGUUUAGAAUUUCCUAGGUGAAGCAAAAGCUGACGCGGUAUUUGGCGCGGCCGACGCUAUCUAAUCGCAGAACAAACAACGAUAAAACACGUUCGAUACCCGCGUCACUAUCCAUUAGCAACGUUCGUCACACGAAAGGCACGCGAAAAAAAGAAAUGGACUACCUGCAGAAAAAGUUCAAGAAAUCGCAAGACUCCGCGGGAGUGGUUAGCGAGAAGGAGUACAAGUAUGCGAGUCUGCAGGCGGUAUUGAAGGAAACGGUGAAAGAGGGCAGUCGAAGACAGUUGAAAGAGCUGGUGGAGGAAGUCAAUAGUCACCUGACGGACUUGCGAGGCUUGUCGGACGAGAAGGAUCUCAGAAUAAGAGAGAGGACGCAAUAUCUGAUCGACAAGUACGAAGAGUGUUUGGUUAAACUGUUGAAUGGCGAAGUGAAACAAGCACAAGUGGACAACGAGGUGAAGCCGGAACCCAAGAUUGCUUUCAACGAAGUCGAGCAGAAACUCAAACUCAUGCGCCAAAAACGCCUCAACAGGCUCAGCACCUUCGUAAACGAACAAACGAAACUUUCGGAGCAGAGAAGCGAGCUAGCCAGGAUCGAAGAUAGGCAGGAAAUCAAAUCCACUAGGGAAAGCAAAGAACAUACCUGCGACAUUGAUCGAGACGACAAAAUAGCCUUCCGCAGAUCAGAACCAGAUCAGAACAGCAAUUUCGCAAGAAACAGUGCCGGCAAAGUGGCCGAGAUCAGAAGUAGUUUCGGGAAGGCGGCCGGACCUACCGAAAAAAUAGUCAUGCCCAGAGCGCAAAGCAGAACACCUGCACCGAUUAAAGAACUCCCCAAGAUCCAAUUCAAACUUCCCCAGAACCAAACUAAGGGCUUGGAUUCUCCCCGAACUCCCACUCAGAUGAGGAAACUAUUCAACAGUUUCAGCAGCUGCGUCACUGACCAAAAGCCGGUCACUUCGCCCGAAGAUCCUCGCGACGCGUUUCUCCAAGAAAUCAAACAGCUCCAACUAAGAAGGCCUAACGUCCAACAUUCAGAAGACGCUGAUAGUUUCGUACAGGAGCACAGGAAAUCGCCGAGGCAACCAAUAGCGGUUUGCCCGCCCAGAAUUCCUUCAAAACCGACUAGCAAAGUCGACCCCAUGACUAAAUCGGUUGAAGAACCCAAAGCUGAUAGCGAGAACGCGAACGCCUUGAAGAGGGUGUCUUCUGGUCCAGGUUCCCUUUCGAUACCUGAUCCGGACCCGUUAGAUUUCACGAUAAUGUCGGUGAGAAGAUCCAACCUCGGCGAAUCCUUCGGAAGCACGGACAGAAGUUCAUUCUCGACCUUCAGGUCCAGCAAAGACUCGUUUAAAGGGUUGCCCGAAGAAAAAAUCCUCGACACUCCCGCAUAUGUCGAGGUCCAAUCGGCAGCAGACGACAGCGAAAUAGAAAAAUCUGUAGCAGAUUUGCUGAAACACGCCAGCAUCAUUCGUUCCCUACUUGGAAACAAGCACGGGGAAGAUAUCCAGAAAAUCGGCAGUUAUCGCGAGCUUCUCGAUAAUCUCAACAGGCAAUUGCGGGAUGUCACGCGAAAGAUCGAGAGUCAACUAGGUGCCAGUGUGGAGUUGGACGGAAUCAAUUCGCUGCGUGACGAAGUUUUCCAUCUGCAGAAAUCAAUUAACAGUUUCAAAGGUCUGAGGAGGGAUCUAGAGUACCUGGUACUGGCUAGCAGUUUGUCGAAAAUUAAGAUGGAGUUGAACGAUAUGCCGUCGCGCUCUGAGGAAGCGGAACUGAGGAGAGUUGGGGUUCUGGAGAGGGUGACUGCUGCCGAGGCCAAGUUGGAGGACAGAGUCGAUAGCAACGAGAGGACGUUGAUGUUGAUUCUGAAGACCCAAGUGUCGAUGUUGGGGGACAAGUACAUAGGGAACCGGUAGGAGUCAAAAUCUAAUAUGUAACGUACCAGAUCAGAUAAAUUAUUAUCACACUGCAAAAGACUGAAACCUGCCGUCAAAAAAAAAGCAGUACCCAUGGGUUGCAUAUUUUCAUUCUGGACUGAGUCGACAGAUAAUACCCCAUCCGAGAGCCCGGUGACGGAACAAUGUCUGGUGGUGGUUUACAACAAUCCAGGUCCGUCUACCAGCAACGCCGUCUGGGAUGACACCCCAUCCCCUUCUCAAAAAAAGGUCAGUUUUAUCGAGGACGACAAAGCAGAGGAGACGAUCGCCAAAGACGACGACGACGACGACGAGCAGUCCAAGGGAGGGGGAGAAGCGGAAGAGGAGCCUAAACCGGAUGACAAGAGGUCAAGUAUCAUUUACCCCUAUGAUGACAGUGAUGACGAUGAAGAUUUAAAGAAGAACGACGAAAUCCCGUAGGAAGCCGAGGCGGCGAGGAUUAUUUAGGGGUGCUGUUCCGAUGAGCCCAAAUAUGUUCUCUGUUUCUUUUUAAUGUGUGUAUUGCCGUUUUCUCUCCUUUAAUGGAGACGUUUUUUUGAAACGUUGACUUUUCGUGUUUGGCUGUGAUUCGAAAUUCGAACGCGUAACUUUUUUUAAUAAUGACUGUACCAAUAAAGUAUCGAUUUCAUUUACAAGUAUUUUGAACAUCCAAAGUUUCCUGAAAAAUUACGAGACGUUUGCUGGGUGUGUUCCGGAGCACGAUGGGCGGCAGGCAUUCAUGCUGCAAACCCAGAGGUUGCUUGAAGAUCGAACAAGAUCCGGACGCUUCUUUCUGGACUGACAACACCCAAAAACGCAUCACCUUCACCCUGCCGUCGAUCGUCAUCACCGACGAAAAAAACCGGGACCAUAUCUUGUACGAACCGAAGGUGACCAUCCAAAGCGAGCUUCGGAGCGCGCCCACCUCCCCCUUCGACGUCAAGUCCCGAAGGAGACGUCGCCUGUCCUCGCUACCCCCGGAGCAGGCUGCUCUGUACCGCCGGAGAGAAGAAACCAUCGAAACCGUUUCAGUAGGGUCGGUAGUAGUUGAGGGUACCCUACCUAUUCCCAAGGAGGCAGAGAGGGGAGAGGCGGUACCUUCUUGCUCUACCACAGAUAAGCAAGAGGGAAACACCGACGAAGAUGGGUUAGAAUUGCGGACUGACUUACACGGUGCCAGUUAACGGCACUAGACUCGCAGUUACAGACUGAAACUAGGAUGCUUGUGAUAUAGGGAGUGAGGUUAUGGCAUCGAAGCGCACGCGAGGCAUGACGUUGCUUUAAUUCUUUUCUGUCGCAGCGAAAGAAUUAUAAACAUCUCAUGUGGCUCCGAUGCGUUUGUAUGUAGUUGUACGUUGACCAAGGCCGAAACGCCUGGUAUAUUUAUUGUAAUAAUGAGACGCGGGACGAAUGUUUCUAAACCAGAAAAUUGUAUUUACCGGCAUGAUCCGAGCAACAAUUUUAAAAAUUUCUAUCGUAAAUAUUUUUUUUUUCAUUUUAUGGAUAUUAACACCAUGACAACAAGAAAGUUAUAACAAACCGAAAAUGGUUAGCAAAUAGCAAAGUUUGCGACCUCCUCUCGCAAUAAGUAAAUUCGGAUUUAAAAUUUAAAACAUAUUUACGAUCAAAAUUUUCUUUUUGUCGGUGGUUGUAAUUAUACAGUAUUGUUCGAGUCCAAAGUAUUGUUAGUGUUAUCUCUGUUCGACUUUGUAUAGUAAUGUACGUAUCUGGUAAACGCUGUGAUAUAUUUUAUUUACAAUUAUUUUAAUUUAACGUUGCUUUUAGAAUAAACGAACCUCAGACCACCUAUUAAUAUAUAAGAAAGUGAAAAUAUAGUAUGAAUUUCUAUAACUCCUUGGGAAAUCUAAGAAGGCCAUUUCACAUAUUACACCGACUUUACCA